AAUUCAAGGCAUGAAAAAUGCUGUUCCAAAGAAUGACAAAAAGAGACGGAAACAGCUGGCUGACGAAGUUGCCAAACUGGAGGCAGAACUUGAACAGAAGCACAAGGAGGAAUUAAAACAGCUGCAAGAAGCUUCACCUGAGCAGAAUAAGACAGGUUCUAUAGCUGAUGGGGUUGCAAAUUUAGAGCUUGAAGGAGUAGAGCAACAGAUCCAGCAUCCUCGAAUAUCAAAAGCACAGAAGAGGCGGGAAAAAAAAGCUGCUUUGGAGAAAGAAAGAGAAGAAAGGAUAGCUGAAGCUGAGAUAGAAAAUUUAACAGGUGCUAGGCACCUUGAAAGUCAGAAACUUGCCUCCCUAUUGGCAGCAAGACACUUGGAGAUUAAACAGAUCCCUUCAGAUGGCCAUUGCAUGUACAGAGCUAUUGAAGAUCAGCUCAAGGAUCGCCAGAAUUCCUGGACUGUUACAACUCUGAGGAACCAAACAGCGAAGUAUAUGCAAAGUCACUUUGAUGACUUCCUGCCAUUUCUUACAAAUCCUAGUACUGGAGAGAUGUAUACCAGAGAUGAAUUUGAAAAAUACUGUGAUGAUAUAGCAAAUACAGCUGCAUGGGGCGGGCAGCUGGAACUGAGGGCUUUGUCGCACGUUUUGCAAACACCUAUUGAAGUAGUGCAAAUGGAUUCCCCUCCCAUUAUUGUUGGUGAAGAAUAUUCAGGCAAACCAAUAAUACUUGUGUAUAUGAGACAUGCCUAUGGUUUAGGAGAACAUUACAAUUCUGUAAAACUUCUAACAGAUACUGCUACAGAAAACGGCAGCUAGCAUACAAGAGUCAUAAAUCCGCAUGGAUAACAGUCACAUCUUGAUGCAUUGGGCUCCAGACAAUUCCCAGACAGACUGGAAUAAAACUAAAUGGA